AUGUCCCAAAAUUACAAACAAAAAGAAAAAUCAUCGAAGGUGCUAACUACGACAAGUAGCAGAUCUGAUAUAAAGCGAGAACAGAAAGAUGGUAAGCCAACACCACUACCAAGAAAUACAAAUAAUAUAGGUUUCAAAACAGCGUCUAAAUUGAUUACAAAUGUUAGUAACAAUAGUUUAUCACAUAAACCAGUUAUUCCUCCUAUUUUAUCUGGUUAUAAUACUCAAGAUUCCGAACUAAUUGACCAAAGUUUUUUACCACUGAAAUUGUUUGAUGGCAAGAAACAAUCAUUGAACGAACUUAGCGAAGAAUCAAUGUCUUAUUUAUGGUUAAGACGCAUCAAAGAAAUAUUUUUACGCUUAGCUGAUGGAAAAGAUGACCGAGAUGAUGAUCGUUUUGUCGAAUUCGAUAUGGACUUAGCUAAAAUAGAUUUGAUGAAUACAUGUGAUCGAUACAUUGAGAACGAACGAUUAGCUCUUUCGAAAAAGCCUAAGACAUAUGCUUAUUACCGUCCAAUCUCAAAUUCCCGUAAACCAAACUCUGCAUCGUGUAAAUCAUGGCAACCAGGCAUAACGAGUUUUACUUAUCGACAAACAAUGUACUUAAGCGAAUCCGAGAUUAAACGCUAA